AUGAGUUACUUGGGUUUAGUUCUCAACACCUGUUCAGGCUCGGGUUCUGAUGUUGCAGACUCUGAACCUGCUGCUCUAGAGCCGGAGAGGAAGAGAGGAAAGGCAUGGCUUGCAUGGGAGGAUAGAGCUCUGGCUAAGCAGGUGCUGGCGGAUGACCCUAUUUUGAAUAGGCCGGGUGGGAAAAAAGAAGACUGUUGGCGCGAGGUGGCACUUAAUUUGAGUAGAAAAAUGAACAUGAACCGUUCUGGUUCAUGUAAAAACAGAAUGGACUUGUUGGUGGGGUUGCAUCGGACACACGAUCAAAACAGAAGACCUGCUCAGUUGAGGAAGUGGAUCUUCAUGUCCGCAACAUGA